AUACGAUUAACAAAAGAGCCGCCUCUAAAGGGUCACUCACAGAUUUUGAACUUUCUAUAUUCUGCUGGGUCUAUGCUGUAGGACAGUCCGCUGUGCGUUGUCAUGGUUACCAUCCUCAACAAUCAGACUCCUGACCGAGCAGCCGAAUUUAUUGUUAUUGGCCAAUAUCCAGACCAGUGUCGCUCCGGGCCUAGUACCGAAAAAGAGUUCCUUCUAGUGAUAGCCUGAUAGUAUUAUUAAGAAGAGUAAUUGAGAAAAGGUGUAUUCAUGUUGUGAUUACUAAUGAAAUAUUCAUUUGGAGAUGACUGUUUAACUUCUGCCAGGAGACCAGCCAAUGCCAAUAAGUAGUGGAGGGCCAAGUGAAAAACAGAAUGUUUUCAGUGCACAAGGAAAACCUCCGCAGAAUUUGGAAAAUGGAUCAGCAUCUAGACAAAUCAACAGAAAGUUGCUCAAAAUCGCGCCUGCUCUACCUUUACUGCCAGCUGUUCCUAAGCCUCCCAAGCUCCAUCAGCGCUCAAACACCACUCUAGGUGGUAGUGGAGUUACAAAUGGAGAAGCUGAGUCAGGCGUAUCUUCGGGUGUUGUCUUCCUACAAACAAACAAUGAAGGGAAAAUACAAGCGUCCAGAAGUCAGAAGGAUAGGGAACGAAAUCCUGAUAGGAUUAGUCUUGAUAGGCGUGGAUUGACUACCGUGCCUAUCCUGGUAGGCGAAAGCAAAGUCAGACUCCUCUCUCUCCAGCACAAUUUGAUAACUCGCUUAGAUAAUAUACAGUCACUAGGACUUGUGAGACUAGUCUUCCUCGAUAUUUAUGAUAAUCAGCUCGAUAGAAUAGCUGGGCUCGAUUCAUUGCCAAACCUUCGUGUUCUUUUGAUGGGCAAAAACAGGAUCCGGCGUAUGGAAGGACUGAAAUCUCUUUCCAAGUUGGAAGUUCUCGAUUUGCACGGCAACCAGAUAACUCAAAUAAGUGGCCUGACAAUGCUCAAUGAACUGAAAGUAUUGAACUUGGCCGGAAACCAGAUCAGAGUGCUGGGGACUUACGACUUGCAGGGACUACGUUCGCUGCAGGAACUCAAUUUGCGCCGUAAUAGACUGAAACGACUUUUGGGUUUCGCUGAAACUCUGCAAUUGAAUAAACUAUUUUUGAGCAAUAACGAAAUUCAGAGCAUAGAAGAUAUGAACAGUGUACUGAAGGCUGUACAGUUGAAGGAGAUCAGUGUUGACGGAAAUCCUGUCGCUUUGAGUGGGGACUGCGCUUCGUUUCUAGUAUCUCAUUUGCCACAGCUUCAACUGCUUAGUCACAUGCAAGUAACGGAGCAAGUGCGCCGAGCUGCGUUGGCAUGGCGUUCAACCAAGGAGGCUUCCUGCUCCACCACCAACGUGAUCGGCCCCCCUCCCCCCACCACAGUCCCCCUGUCCACGUCGCAGGCCGAGGGGGGCGCAGUGGGCGGAGUGGGUGACAAGCGCGACGAGGUCAUCUAUAAUGCGCGAACCAACUGGGAGCUGCUGCGCUCGCAAACCGCGCGUUCGUUUGCCAACAUCCGGAAAACGGCCGGCGGAAAGAUCCGGCGUAUGGAAGGACUGAAAUCUCUUUCCAAGUUGGAAGUUCUCGAUUUGCACGGCAACCAGAUAACUCAAAUAAGUGGCCUGACAAUGCUCAAUGAACUGAAAGUAUUGAACUUGGCCGGAAACCAGAUCAGAGUGCUGGGGACUUACGACUUGCAGGGACUACGUUCGCUGCAGGAACUCAAUUUGCGCCGUAAUAGACUGAAACGACUUUUGGGUUUCGCUGAAACUCUGCAAUUGAAUAAACUAUUUUUGAGCAAUAACGAAAUUCAGAGCAUAGAAGAUAUGAACAGUGUACUGAAGGCUGUACAGUUGAAGGAGAUCAGUGUUGACGGAAAUCCUAUCGCUUUGAGUGGGGACUGCGCUUCGUUUCUAGUAUCUCAUUUGCCACAGCUUCAACUGCUUAGUCACAUGCAAGUAACGGAGCAAGUGCGCCGAGCUGCGUUGGCAUGGCGUUCAACCAAGGAGGCUUCCUGCUCCACCACCAACGUGAUCGGCCCCCCUCCCCCCACCACAGUCCCCCUGUCCACGUCGCAGGCCGAGGGGGGCGCAGUGGGCGGAGUGGGUGACAAGCGCGACGAGGUCAUCUAUAAUGCGCGAACCAACUGGGAGCUGCUGCGCUCGCAAACCGCGCGUUCGUUUGCCAACAUCCGGAAAACGGCCGGCGGAAACGAUGGGGCAGUGGCAGGGGGAGGGGGACGCAGUGACGAGAGCGAAUUGGAGUCGCUUCCCCUGUCGGCGAGGGCAGUCCGGUUGCCGGAGCGAGCCGAAGUCAAGAGAGCCGAAUACUCUCGAAGGAGAACCGUGUCGCAGGGAUUGGACAAGGUUCUGUCGUCACCGCUGCGUAACCCGGCUCCUCCAGCACUGGACACUAGCGAACUCUACCGACUGCCGCCAAUACUAGCACCGCUGGCCGGCUCGCCCGAAGAGGGUGGCCUUGGCCUAAAGCAGCAGGCAGACGCUGCCGAAACUGUGUCCAGUGUGGAGCCGGUCGCAGACAGCUCACUCAGUUCGCUGCCUAGCGAUACCAGCUCAGAGGAGGACGAGGUGAGCGAAGACGCGGCCCGCUGGCGGUUGGCGGGCGGUCGCGGUCGCCGGCCCUCGUCAGAGUCGACGGCGCAUGCGCAGAGGUCGAUCAAAAGUGCCAACAACACGGCCAGCUCGUCGAGUUCGUCGCAAAACAAACACAGCGCAAGCGCAAGUGGCUCGCAGCACUCCUACUGUCGCACGCACUCGCAUCGCGCGCAAACCACCAAGGUCAAGACGAAGACCUCGUCGACGCCUGGCAAGAUCAGAGAGCAAGGAGGCGACUACCUGGUGGAGAUAAGCGGCCGCUACCUGAACGUGUACGGUCAGGGCGCACUCAAGUUCAUCGACCGGCCGUGGAACCCGGUGAAGGCAGGUGACGUCACCACGAUUCGCUUCAACUAUGUGAACUUCAACAGCCUGGCUCCGGUGCUAUGCAGGCUGAAGCAGCGCUUCCCCAACGCCGAGCAUUUCAUGUUCCGCGACACCAACGUACAGGCGCUGGGCCAACUCAACGCCCUGGCCGACAUUCAGGGCUUGACCUCGUUGACCAUUCAUCCCGAGGGCAACCCCAUCUACGACAAGGAGUGGCGCAGCUAUGCCAUCUACCGCCUCUCGCACUGGGGGCUGUCCAACAUCAAUGACUUGCCGGUAACCGAGGAAGAGAUCGUGGCAGCGGCAUCUGAGUUUGCGGGUCUGAGCGACCUGGUGCUGUCGUCGCUGCCUGACAGCCUGCUGCAGCCACUGCUCAGUCGCUUGCGACUGGAGACGCAGCAGCAGAGUGCCCGCGACUGGCUGUGGGCCGCUGACCCCGCCCUCAGGACGGUUGUCGCCAAGGAGGCCUUGCAGUGGCGGCGGCUCAAUCACACCCAGGAUGACUUGCAAUGGAGGCAGAAAGGCCGUGCCUACUUGGAGUUCCUAAUCGAACAAGCUUGUUCGGCUUUCCUAAAACUGAAAAUUCUAGAAGAAGAAUGGUCCAACAUUCUUAUGGAGCUGAUCAGAGAUACUUUAGUGGACUACUCGCAAUUAGAUGAUUACAUGAAGCACUGUAUGAAUGAGAUUACCAAAAAUUGAUUUAUCAGACGUUUGAUGGAUUGAUUAACGUGAGAAGUAAACUCCUGGGAUGUUCCUCUCCAGACUCACGGACUUUUGUAAAGAGACUUCCUUUAAUGCGUUGACUGUGACGAACCCUGUCUGCGACAAUGUAGUGAGAAUUUCUUCAUCUUUUUGUUUUAUUUUUAUUGUUAAUUUAUUUUGUGUUAUUUCCAUUCAAGUUUUGAAUGCCAAAUUUUAAAUAGUGGAUGAAGAAUUGAAUGUUUUCCUGUUUUCUAAUUUAUAAGGUAUUGAUUGUAGAGUAAAAGUGCCAUCAUGGAAUAGAAUUGGAUCAAAUUCACAUUGCAUCUUUUCAGUAAAUAGAUCUUUUAAAAAUUGAUUUGAUUAUGAAAAAUUUAAAAAAAUUUAUUAAUAUUUGGAAGCAUAAAUUUCAAAGCUCAGUGAAUUGAUUAUUCACUGAGUUUAAUUCAUGUAUUUUACAUUUUUUUGGGUUCGAAACCAUGAGGGCCCUGUUGCGUGAUAAAAUACAAGCCAAUGUACCUAGAAUACAGGUACCUUGAUACAAGCUACUUUCCUAUGCUAACAAUCAGCUGGCUACUACUAUUAUAAGUUUGUAUUCAUGUAUACAUGCAAUGUUUACCGUACAUGCAGCAAUAGACCCCUGGUUGUAAUUGUUCAAGCCCAUAACCGAAACCAACAUUGGUUCCUUCAAUUAUAAUAGCUUUUAAUAUUUUAUCAAAUCUGAUUAACUUAUUCUCUUCCAAAUAACAGGCAGAUGAUCGAAAUAGAAUGAAUUAAAAUUUUGAGAAAACUAUGUAGAGAGUGUGAUUUCAAUGAUAUUAAGCGAAAAUCUUCAAAUAUUCGAAUGGAUUAAUUUUGUCACUUCAUUCACUUUUGAUAUUCAGGAUAAAUUUUUAGUUCUUUCAUUUGUAAUAUAUAAUUUUUUAGAUUUUUUAAGAUAAAAAAGUUUUGUGUCUGGCUGUUUUUAACUUCCAAUCAUUGAUUGAUUAGUGAAAGUAUGAAUAAAUAAAUAAAUUAUAAAAUUUACUGUACACAAGGUCUUCUGUGACUGUUUUGUUGAUAAGAUUAAUGAAUCUACCCAACAAUUAAUAAGCAAUUAUGUAUGCACAAUGCAUCAAUAUGUUGUUUUUAUUAUUUGAAAAUUUAUGUUGACGAAUAAAGCAAUUUUCAAGUUAAAAAAA